AUGACUUCUAUCCCACCGAGUGCAACCUUACCAGGACGAAUCAAUACUGCCACACGGAAGCAGCAUACCGAGCUCAACCGACUCCUCAUCAACCGACUUCCGCUGGCACUUCCGCCGAAUGUAGCCACGCCUUUGCUUUAUGCGAAGGGUAUUGUACCCUUUGCUCGGAUAUUUAUACUCUUCGAGAUCGAGUGGGAACUCGUCACGCGACAUGUGCAGAGCAAAUCGACAGCAGGACAGACACAGCAUGACUUGGACGUACGGCAGUGGCUCGCGAAUCUGCGGCCACACGGUUUGGCAAGGUCGCAUCGUCUGAAGAAUGAUUUGCAGCAUCUCAGGCUCGUUGGUGGGAGGAACAUCUACAGUACACCAGAGCUAGGGGACAAGUGGACGAAGAAUAUGCGGGAUCUCAUGCGACAGAAGCCACACGUCUGUGUGGCAUUUGCAUGGGUGUUCUACAUGGCAGUCUUCAGCGGAGGCAGAUGGAUCAGACAACAACUUGCGAACGCUGGACCCGAGUUCUGGGAAGGAAAGUCACCGUUGACGCCCUCCACUGCAGCAGCAGAGAAGGUUGCGACGUCAUCGCGUGAGGAUAUCGAUCAGCCCGUGCCCCUCGAUAUUUCUGGCUACAGCUUUCUCUCCUUCGACUCGGACAACGACGGUGAAGAACUCAAAGCCCUUUUCAAAACACGCCUCGCCCUAGCCGAAGACCUUCUAACGCCAGACGAGAAACAGGAUAUCAUCAAUGUUGCAGAGCAACUGUUCGACAAGUCAAUCUUUCUCGUCACUGAGCUGGAUGCGAAGGUUCGUCGAGAGAAGAUCCUGAGCUCGAUGCGGAGUCUUGCUUUCCCAGCGGUACUGUGUGCGCUUCUUCUUCUGGUAUUGCUGCGGGUGCCUUGGCUUCUUCGCCUGCUCUAA